ACUAUUCCUGCUGCCAUGACAACACUUUCUAAGUCUGUGAUUCAGUGAUGUUGAGAAAGGGAGGUCUCAGCAUUAGGAGGAAAACUCGGAUAGUACUGGCUGAAGCGAAAGCCGCGCUCCGUUUCUUGCUCUGACCAGCAAUGAGCUGCAGGUUUCGAACUGCACGCAAACAAAUUAAAGGAGACCCGCGUUUCGCUGUCCCGCUUGCGGUGCUGAACAACGGACAGAGCUCGGACCCCUCAGGAGGGCUCUGUUGUAGCGCCUCGGCAAAAUUAUCCACCACUCCUGGAAUCUCACUGUACUUUUCUGGUGAUUUUUGUCCUAUACUUGCUCGUCAUGUUUCUGCUGCCAACUUGCUGUAUUUCGUGAUGACGCGUGCAUCGUCUGCUUUCAAAGUUCACGUCGCAACUCGCUAGAAGUUAAAGCACUUUGUGGAGUUCCGCGAGGAUUUCUUUCUGUUGAACUGCUGGCGAAAAAGAAGGAAACAUUCUGGAUGUGAUACUAUUUUGAGUAACUCACUUCAUUUAUCAAAAUAAAUAAAUAAAUAAACAACCGACAGUCUUCAUCGCUGGGUGUUGUUUUAUAUUUCUAUAUUUGUUAUUGUUGUUAUCGUGUACUCACAAGAGAGUGACGAUGCAGCAGUUUUCGACAUCCGCAACUCUGUAGGAAUUAUUGAUUAUCAUUUCGGAGUAUUGUGUGUUUGUUUCUGGGUUGGCUAUUCUGUGUCCCUUCUAUCUGCUGGAUUUCCAAAUAUUCCUCUUUCUCACGUGAAGGAUUUCUAUAAACUAAACACUUGCCUCCCGCAUCGUCAGAUUUGAACUGUGGAGAAUAUUGAUUACACAAGCAGGGGGACAUUUUAAGGAAAAUGGGCAUUUGUAACAAUUUGCUGGUGUCCUGGAAGUUGCUCGUUGUGCUGUCUCUCAGGCUACUGUUUCUUGUACCCGCAGGAGUGCUGGUGCGGAGCGGGGAUUCUCCUUACCACAGAGUCAUGGAUAAUCUGACUUGCAAGCAGGGAGAGGCGGUCUUGCUCAGCUGUGCACUGGACAGCAAGGUGACACACACGGCCUGGCUCAAUCGCUCAAGUAUCCUAUAUGCGGGACGGGAUAAGUGGUCCUUAGAUCCAAGAGUGACUCUUCAGUCCUACACUCAGAAAGAGUACACCAUUAAGAUUCAAAAUGUCAACGUGUACGAUGAAGGUCUUUACACAUGCGCCGUGCAGACCAACCACUUCCCCAGGACGACGUUCAUCCACGUCAUUGUGCAAGUCCCUCCCAAAAUCAGAAGUAUAUCAUCCAACAUCUCUGUGAGUGAAGGGGACAAUGUCACACUGAAGUGCUUAGCCUCAGGAAAACCAGAGCCGGAAGUGACAUGGAAACACCUCUCAGCCAUAGCCCUAGACGCUGUUUCUGAAGGAGAGUUCCUGGAGAUAACGUCGAUUACGAGACACGAUUCUGGACUGUAUGAGUGUAAGGCUGUGAACGAUGCUGCCAGUGUUGCUCAGAGAGUCGAAGUGACCGUGAACUUCCCUCCAUACAUCUCAGACACAAAAAACGAAGGCGUCCCAUUGGGCUAUAAAGGGACUCUGCACUGUGAAGCGGUCGCAAUGCCAAUUGCAAAAUUUGAGUGGUACAGAGAUCAAAGAAGGAUCCUCAAUAAACUGAACGGAGUCCAGAUUCAGAAUAUUGGAAGAGUUUCAAUGCUCACCCUUUUCAACGUGUCUGAGGAAGACUAUGGUAACUACACCUGUGUGGCAAUCAACAAAUUAGGCAGUGCAAAUGCAAGCAUAGUCUUAUACGAAAUAAAUGAGCCCACAAGCUCAACACAGUUACAAGAUCCGGUAGCAGUUCAAGAUGGGAAGAACGGCGCCCCCGGCGGGCGAGCUUCGGCGGGCCUGCUGAUGACACUCUGCAUGCAGCUGCUGCUCACGUUUUGAUGCAAAGCCAUCACCAAGGGCCAACAUCCAGAUUCGGUCAAUUCUGUUUUUUGUUUUCCUUUUUCUUUUUCUUUUUUUCAGCAAGACAGACUUUUGCACAACAUGUGCUCUGGCAACCCAUUUUUCGGUUUGAAUAUUGCAGAAACAGUUUUUUUUUGUUUUUUAUUUUGUGGAAGCCAAUGUACAGAGAUAUGUUACUGCCCUCUCUGUUGCUGCAGUUCAGUGUCCCGUUCUAAAAAAAAAGGCCCUCCAAAAAACGGGGAUGUCUUGUUGUUGGGGAAGGAUGUGUUGUUUAUUCUUAUUGUUAUUAUUUUAAUUUCCUUUUUUUAAAGUUCUGGUUGGUUUUAUUGUCCUCUUUGGUUCUAUCUCAGUCUUGAAUGCCACUCUGACAUAUGCAGCAAGCAGGCUACUAAUAUGAUAUGUAUAAAGAAGUUAUAAAUGGUGGUAUUUUUGGUGAUGCGUGCUCUAUUUCUUUUUGGUAAUAUGAUGAAAUUUUUUCAGAGAAUAUAGAUUUUGAAAAUAUAAUUAUAUGAAUAUUGUUGCUACUAGAGUACACUUUCCAUAGCAGUAGCCGAUUUAAAGGGGUAUAUUGCCGACUUGGUAUUGGUUUGCUACUGACACAAAAUGAUAGACAUUAUUGAACUAACCAGUGCUCGCAACUCAGGGCUAAUGGGUAAAAAUCCACUAGCAACAUUACUCUUCUUUUCUAUUUUUAUUUCUUUCUAGCAAGAAACAAAUGCAUUUGGUAAUUCAUGAAAAAAAAACAACGUAAAUGUAAUGCAAAGCUACUACAAUAUAUGUCAAUCUUUAUAAAAACUGAAAGCUUGUAUGUAUAUAUUGUGAUGGAGGACCCUUGUGUGCCCCUGCAGAUAGUUCUUCCAGAGCAUCCUCUCUAUCUACAAGGCUUACCAAAAACCUUACAUGUUCAAAUGAAUAUUAAGUUUUUUUGCCCAAAAAACUGACAAAAUGAAGGGAUGACCAUAGCGUGAACACAUACCAAGCACAAAUUCUGGCUCCUUUGGUCUGCUAGAUUGCCCACCUUUAAACUCUGCUGUCUGCCCAUGUAUUUCUGUUUUCCUUCUAGUGAAGUCUUUUCCCGCCUUAUGUCUCCUAACUCUAGACUCAAUCAGUGUGUUAACAAACACCUUAAUAACCCGGCCAUUCACAGAAUCACGGUUUCAAAAAUGCCAUGUAUGCCCUUGUUCUUGUUAAAGAAACUUGAAUAUUGGUCUUUCAAAAACUGCGUUAAUAAACACAGAUUUCUCUGUGAGUAACGUGGUUAUGUGGCCAUUUUGUAGCCUGCACAUGUCCGUUUUAUUCUGUUAGCCUACGCAUGUUUUUGCUUCUCAUGUGGAUAAAGCAGCCACGGGUUGAAAAUGGUGGAAGCGUCCAAAUAGAUCAUUCAAAUGCAUUGGUUGUUCUCAAUAGUCCUUCUCCUGGUUGGAAUCACCUGUUUCAGUAUUUCAGAAAUCACUAAAUAUAUGUUGAUGCUGUAUUAUAAUGAUAAUAAUAAUACAUUUUAUUUAUAUAGCACCUUUCCCAUGUGUACAAUGCUAAGCGCAGCAGCACAAUCUCGGGAGACACAGACUCCAUGCUUGUUUUCAGAUUCACGGUUACCAUUGAUGAUGUUUAACGAUUUUUUUGACAGAGCGUUUUGCCAAAGUACUAAAUAAAUGGACUCACGCAUAUAAAUGGGAUUUUAAGAAAGCAGGUUUCUGCUUUAACUGGGUCACUGAUUUCACCCCGCUGUUUUUUCUGUGCAUAUAAACACACUCAGUGAUCAACUAAUGCUAGCGAUACACUGUGUGAUCUUAUGGCUGAUUUGCAGUCGUCGACUGAUUUUCUGAGUCGGCUUAAAUUUCAUCUUCAUCAGCCAUCUUUUCACAUGCAGUAUGACAGGGGUUGCGAUGUCUGAUUGCAUCAUUUGAUCGUGCUGUCAUACGGUUGGAAGAGAUCCGGUCAUGUGUCGGCUGUUGUGUAAUGUGAGCAGUCUCAUGUGUACUGACUUUGCACAUUGGGUAUUGCCUUUGUCAAGCUCAUUUUCUUGUUUUUGAUUUUAAAGAGCUGGCUAUCAUAUAGCAACACACAUACGAAUAAAUGGCCUAUUAAAAAUGUAUCUUAGGAAACAUUUGCAGAAGGACCUAAACACACACACACACACACAAUGGUAAAGUACAUGGACAAUGUAUCUCCAGUUCUUUCUGUAAAGUAGACACAAAUCACAUUUUCCACACCUUCCCAACACUCAACGUGUUCAGUUAUGUCUUUUCCUUUUUUUGUAGUUUCAGAGCACAGUACUUCAAGAGUCAGUGUUGCAGCACUUUUCUUUGUUGACAUCAUGAGAAGCCUGCGGCAGGCCAUAUUGUCUUUUGAAUAGCUUUAUUUCAAACUGUCAAUGGUUACAACUGUCCGUCAGAGCCAUGUACACAUGUAGCCUGAUCUCCCACAUUGUGGCGUGUCAAUCGGAAUGAAACGUGUUUCUACACUUUGAGCACAUACUGUAUAUGACAGGCAACUCUAUCGUACAGAGUGUAUAGUCGUUUAUAAAAAUUACACGGUGUAUGUGCUGCUUAACUGGGAGUAGCUUUUUCUCACCUACCCCACAGCUUUACGUUUUGAGGGCUUGCAGUUUCAUUCUUUCUGGGCCAUCUACACUUUCCCAAGUGAAGAUCCCCUUGUGCCAGCCAACAGGCCAGGGCUAUCUAAUAUUUGCUCUCUCAUUCUGGUGCCCAUGCAUCAACUACUUCCAGGGCAUGCUUUGCAGCUGCUGGGAUUUCUAAGUCCCACUUACCUCAUGUGUGACUCUCUCAAAUCAAUUAUCUUCUCUUUGGUCUUCAUCUAUCCACACUGUCAUAUAGAGGGCUUCUGUAUUUACCAAAUGGGACUGUCUCCUGGUGCACCUUCUCAGUCAUGUAGAGGGGCACUCCAUUUUCUAGUGUCACAUCCACAAUACCCAUAUUGGAAGGUAGAUAUGUAGCUCAUUCCCUAGUAUUAGAAUACCCGCAGUAGCCCCUCUGCCCACACUGUUAUGUAGAUGCAUUGCCAAUGAAUAACCACCUACUAGUAAUCUUCAGUCAAUCCAUUCUAGCAUGCAGAGCAGCUCUCAAUCCACCACUAAUCCCCAGUAGUCCACACAUAAGCCUCCUGAAGUUACCAGUGUUAGCCUACCCUGCUGGUGGCCCACGUAUAAUCGCACUAUAAAUUAAGGAGCUCCGGAUUUGUCCCUUGAUUGCCUUCAUUUUUCCACACAAUCACGUACAGGGUGUCAUAUAGUAGAGUAAAAAUAAUAUGUUGUAAAGGGGGUUAAGGCCUCCAAAUAACCAUAAAACAAGCCAGGACCUUCAGUGGCCUGCCCAGAACAAGCUCGCCCAGAGAGUUCUACCUGCAGGCUGUGGCUUACACAGGCCUAACAAUGGGGUGCUUACUUUUAAAUUUCAACAAUAUGAAGAAUGUCCCAAACUUUGCAAAAAUGUUUCACAAGGGAGAGAGGAACCGUGAAACAAUCCAAGUGGAGAAUCUUUAUAAAUUAUAAUACUUAUGGAAGAUCAAAUGCUCAAAAAAAGGGCAAUAUGGAGGUGAACAAGUCCUAAUAGGCAAAUACAAGAGUGCUUCCUGGUGCUCCACCCUCACAUGUGGCAGCACAUUUAAAGUAACAGUACAGAAUUAACAAAACUAACUGAAAUAACAUGAAAGCAUGAAAAAGUCCUAAUCCAAAAUUAACAAACACAACAAUAAAGCCCUUUGGGACAGAUCAGUUUUACACUAGAAGGUGAGGUGAAGUUAUUAUUACUAUUAUUAAUUUUAUCGUUCAUAUCAGUAACCUUUUACGAACCACACAUUUAUAUCUUAGUUAAAGAUUACGGAGGAAUUUAUCUUCUAUAAAACAUCAGUAAAAAAAUAAACCAAGGUUAUAAACUAAUCCCUUGUGAAAAGCCAUGUCAGUAAAACUGUCAUUUGAACGAUACGGACAGGACUAAAGUUACAGAGAUCGUCUGGCAAUAAUUACUUUACCCAAUGCCUGAAGUGAAAAAAAAGACCUGCCAGCAAGAGUGGUGUUUGGGGCUGGCAAGUGGGGCAACCACCUCAGGCCCCGCGCCUAUGGGGGCUCCACUUUUGAGGUCCGUGUGUCCGGAUUUGUCAAGUUAUAAUCUCCAGUUUUAUUAUGAUAAAGUCUGCGUGUUAUCUUCCAAAAAUUUAGCUGAAGACUGUAAUGAGAAAAUCUGGUGUAUGUUAACAUUAACUUCAUUAAAUUCGCGUCAAGUUUAUACAGUCCACACAUACCGGUAACAGCAUUUGAUGUAACCAGCCCCGCGUUAUGUUAGUCAACCCUAGGCCCCGCACACCCCUAAGAACGCCUCUGCCUGCCAGUACACCAUGUUGUGCAUCCUGAGUAAUGGGGUGGGUGGUUUGGUGAGGCGGGGUAUUCCUUGAGAUAUCAAAAGGCAUGCUGAUAUAUACAAUUUAUAAUGAAACAUAUUGUCCCCGGUCUCAUUUGGAGGUGUGAUCGGAUCUAUUGUUGGUAUAAAUAAGGAUUUCUAAUAUGGUCCAAGAUGACGCUUCACACCUGCAUGCAUACAUUAAAUACUGGUACUCCUAAGGCAAGCCCGGGGAAGUGGGCGUAUUGGCCCACUUCAUGAACUCGCCUUACCCCAUGUCUUGAUGUAACAUUAAUCCCAUCCAAAUAGGGCUUAAAAAGUACUGAGGACCACCAGUAAUAAUUAUUUUAUCCACCUCCUGGUGUAAAACUAACUGUGACGGAAUUGGCCAUAACACAGAAAAUAGAGAGAAGGCAGAGGAAGAAACUCUGGCUGGAACACACUAAAGGGGCACACAAUGCACAAAUAUGAUACUGCUCCGUGGUGACCUCCAUAUAUCCUUUCCAUUUUGUACACAAGUUCUCAUUUCCUCAAAUUGAGGCCCUUCCAUUAUCACGGCAGAGUUAAUGAGCUCUUAAUUUAUCAGUAUACCUUAUUGCUGUCCUAGUUGCUGCCACAUGGCUGCACUAUCUUCACCCAUGUAAAGAGGCUCCAGUUUGAGAUUGUACCCCAGAGGCCACUAUUUAGGGUGGAGUGGUGGCUAUGGGGCUAAGGAUCUGCACUGGUAACUGGAAGGUUGCCGGUUCAAAUCCCUGUUACUGUCAAAAAUUAACCUUCUCUGCUGGGAACCUUGAGCAAUACCCUUAACUUGCAAUUGGUCCAGAGGCACUGUACAAUGGCUGACCCUGCGCUCUGAAUCCCAGGGGUAUGUGAAAACGAAUAAAUUCCUAAUACAAGAAAUUUUAUAAGACAAAAUA